CAUUCAAAAUAACUUUCAUAUUUUUUUUAACGUUCAAACAUAAUAUUAAUAAAAAAAAAAGGUUAAAUUGAGUUAAGUUUUACGUUAAAUUCAUAUAAUUAAAAAUUAAUACUUUACUUACCAAAAAAAGAAAAAGAAAAAGGAAAAGGAAAAGGAAAAAAAUAGUAGUUUAAAAUAUUAUAAGUUUACAGGACUUGCAAGUCACUUCCUCAUUAUUAAAAUCAUCACUCUCUGCAUGUAAAAAGAUGCUCUCAAUUUUUUAGAAAAUUUCAUUUUAGUCCCUCCCUUCACUCCUCAAAACCCCAUCCCAUUCCCACUCUUCUCUCCCAGACUCAUUUCCCUCUCUCCUCAAUCACAAGCUCAAUCCCUAAAACGCGUCCGUUUUCAUCAAUCCUUUCUGAGUAUUAUUAACAAUUUUACAUUACUAUCGCCAAUGGAAGUGCCGGAGUACUUAGUCGGCGGCUACUUUGGUGCCGCAGCCGUAGAUUUUUCGAAUGAGAAGAGGCAGUCCGAACAGAAAUCCAGCGAACAUUUCACCAUUGAUGACCUUCUUGACCUUUCUCAUGAAGAACCUAUGGUCACUGACGGUUUCUUCGAUAAUGUCGCCGGUAACUCUACCGAUUCUUCGACUGUCACCGCAGUCGAUAGCUGCAAUUCCUCCAUUUCGGGCGGGGAACAUCAGUUUUCCGGAAACCGUAGCUUUGGCGAUUCUCAUUUCUCCGGUGACCUUUGCGUUCCGUAUGAGGACUUGGCGGAGCUGGAAUGGCUUUCGAAUUUCGUGGAGGACUCAUUCUCAGUUGAAAAAGAACUAGACACCCUGCAAUUCCUUUCCACAAGCUCAGCCACAGCUAACACCACAAAGUCGCUGACAUCCGAAACGUCCUCCUCCUCCGAAACGAGCCGAAACGCAUCGUUUUUCCAGCAAGAAACUCCUCUGCCUGGCAAAGCCAGAAGCAAGCGGUCACGCGCUGCACCCGGCGACUGGACCACUCGCCUCCUCCAUCUCGUCACGCCUAAUGACGACGGUACCAAACCCGUGAAAACGACGCCGUCUAAAAAGAAGGAAGCCGGCUCGAGUUCGAACGGGAAUUCGGAUUCUUCAGGGCGGAAGUGCCUUCACUGUGCCGCCGAGAAGACUCCGCAGUGGCGGACUGGGCCUUUGGGACCAAAAACUCUAUGCAACGCUUGCGGCGUCCGAUAUAAGUCGGGUCGGCUUGUACCCGAAUACCGACCCGCUGCGAGUCCGACAUUCGUGUCCGCUAAACACUCUAAUUCGCACAGGAAGGUUUUGGAGCUCCGAAGGCAAAAGGACUUCCAUAGAGCACAGCAUCAACAUUUUCUUAGUCAAAGUUCCAUUUUUGGCGUAUCCAACGGUGGCGAUGAUUAUUUGAUCCAUCAUCACAACGGACCUGAUUUUCGGCAUAUGAUCUAGUGCAUGCCAGUGUAGGAAACUUAGUGGGAGCUCUAAAUUCAUUUAAGUUUUAACAUGGACUUAUCUCUAUUUUAUUUGCUAAUUUUGGUCCCAAAACAACAUAAAAAUAAUGAAUUUGUAGUUGCUUUUUGGUU